CUCAUAUCGCCCAAUAAUAUAUAAUCACUAAAACCCUAACCCUAACCCUAAAAAUCACCCUUGUAGCACAUUCACAUCGCAGCUUCAGGCGGCACAUUCAGGGGGCAAUUACUGCAUAUCGACGGCGACGAAGCGGCAGAAGAUAUAUCACAACCAUGGGUAAGGUUCACGGUUCAUUGGCUCGUGCCGGUAAGGUGAGAGGACAGACUCCCAAGGUCGCGAAGCAGGAGAAGAAGAAGAAGCCACGUGGUCGUGCCCACAAGAGGAUGCAAUACACCCGCAGAUUCGUCACUGCUGUUGUUGGAUUCGGCAAGAAGCGAGGACCCAACUCUUCCGAGAAGUCUUAAGCAGUGGUAGUCCUGGCUAUGUAGGGGGUGAACACUGCUACUGUAUGUGUGUGUUGGAAGAACUCAAAAUUUUGUCAUGGACGUGGAUUGAUUUUACUUGCUAUCGAGCAUUGAACAGCUAUUGUCGAUUCAGUAUGUAAUGAGAUUUUCCAUUCAAAGAGUAGUCUUGAGUUUCUUUGGCUUAGUCUCCUUCGUUUCUCCGUAUGUCUACUAACAUCAUCGUAAUUAUCUAGUUGUAUUUCAUGAAUUCAUCAGUAGCAUGAAUGGCUAGGUGAAUGCAGGUUCAGAUAUAGUCCGACUUGGUACAAAGUCGAAGUUGAGAGCCAUAUGGUUCAGCAGAGGGAAGACGGAAGAGUGGAUAUCUUGUGCAUCUUUCAAGGUACCUGGUUCGGGUGGAAAACCUGAUGAUAUAGAUGACAGGAUUGGAUCACCAGACAAGAGUUGUCGGCUUUAGUUUCCAGUCGGCGGUUGUUGUAGAGACGAAGACAUUGUUGCUGCAAUCUGGUACACUAGAGAUUAUG